AUGGCAGCGCCCUCCGCCGUCGCCGUCGCCGUCGCGGCCGUCAUAGGGGUGCUCGUCCUCCUUUCCGCGGAGGCCUCGGGCGCGCGCCUCCCGGGUCGCGGCGGCGCCGUCCGGGGAGCGGCGCUGCCGCGCGGGGGAGCGCCGGCCACGGCGGUGUUCGCGCUGGGCAGCUUCUGGCGGUCGGAGGCGGCGUUCGGGUGCCUCCCCGGCGUGAUCCGUACCUCCGUUGGCUACGCUGGCGGCUCCAAGGCCAACCCCGAGUACCGCAACCUCGCCGACCACGCCGAGUGCGUCAAGGUUGAGUAUGAUCCCCGGUUGAUUCACUACAGGCAGCUUUUGGAUGUGUUCUGGGCAAGUCAUGACCCACGGGAGGUGUUUGGGCAAGGGCCUGAUGUUGGCAACCAAUAUAGAUCUGUUAUCUUCACUAAUGGAACCAUUGGGGCCAGAUUGGCUGCUCUUAGCAAAGAAAAAGAACAAGCUAAAGAUCGUAGCAGUGUUAUUACCACAGAGAUCCAACCAUUGGGGGUGUUUCAUCCUGCUGAAUCAGAACAUCAGAAAUUUGAACUGAAGCGCAAACCAUUCCUCUUGCAAUUGAUUGGGAAUUUGCCGGAGGAGGAGCUCCUGACAUCAACACUAGCUGCAAAACUGAAUGCAUAUGCCGCUGAGCUCUGUCCUGCGAAUACCCAAAAGAGAAUUAACUCCAAGAUUGAUGAGGUCACAAAGAAAGGAUGGCCCAUCUUAAGGGACAUUUAG